AUGAGCCUCUACACCGACCCUCCCGCCCUCUUGCCCUUUCGCCACGACAAACCCACCCUGCUCGUCUGCUGGUGGGCCACGUCCUUUUGCGCCCUCAUGAUCCUCAUCCGCAUCACCGGCCGCUUCAUCCGCACCGAGAGGCUCUUCCGCGAGGACAAGAUUGCCGCCUGUGCCCUCGUGCCCCUCGUCCUGCGCAUGGCCUGCGUCCACUUCAUCCUCGUCUGGGGCACCAGCAAUGCCGACUUUACCGGCGUCGACCUCACCCCGGCCCAGCUGCGCCAAAAGUCGAUUGCCAGCGGCCUCACCAUAGCCAGUCGCUUCUUUUACACGUCGACGCUGUGGAUCUACAAGUACGCCAUCCUCGAGUUCCUCACCCGACUCACAGACCUCACCUGGGAGCGCUCGCACCGCUCGACCCUCUUCGCCAUCCGCUGGACCCUCGUCAUCACCUUUGUCGCCACCCUCAUCACCAACCUCGCCGAGUGCCGCCCCUUUCACCUCCACUGGCAGGUCCUGCCCGACCCGGGUGGCCAGUGUCGCCAGGGCUACGCCCAGCUCAUCACAAUGGCCACGUGCAACGUCGCCACCGACAUCCUCCUCGUCGUCUUCCCCGUCCCUCUCAUCGUCCGCAGCCGCAUGCGCUUCCGGAGAAAGGCCCAGUUGAUCCUGCUCUUCUCCCUUAGCCUCUCCGUCGUCGCCCUCACCAUCUACCGAUUGCCGCACAUCCUGCGCGAGCACGGCCGCCAGCAGGCCCGAUCCCUCCUGGCCUCGGUCGAGAUCAUCUUCGCCACCGCCUCGGCCAACGCCCUCGUCCUCGGCUCCUUUGUCCGGGACCGCGGCAUCAAGAAGCAAAAGUUUCACCGCCCCUCCGUGGCCGAGUCCUUUGACCCCGCCGCCAGUACCAGACUUCCCACCCUCCGCCGCCAGUGGGGAAGCGACGAAGACCUCGUCCGGGACGUCGGCCUCGGCGCCGACCCCAGCCUACGGGACCCGCCCGGUAGCCCGGGGUCGGAGCCUCUAUCGCCCAUGUCCCCCCGUUCUCCCAAUCCCAUGGCCCUCCGGCUGGGCAACGAGGGAGGUGCAGCCUGGCUGGAGCAUCACGGACCGGGUACGCACCAACAGCCACCGCCACCCGCGGGGCCGAGGAGACUCUCGUUCCUGGACGUGGGCGGCCUGCUCGACGACCCCGAGGCCGCGCGGACCGCUACCGAUUCCGGCCCCUCGCGAGCCACCAAUCCCCCUCCGGCCUCGGUGCAGGCGGGCACGGCAGGUGUGCAGCGAGGCUCCACGGCGCUCCUGCAAGAUCUCGCUGGCAAUCCCGGGCCGCGCAACGGCAACGUGCCCAAGCCGAAGCCCGGAACCGGAACCCAGCUACAGUCGAUUCCGCAAUCCCGACCGGUGCAGCGGUACGACGGCCGGAGAGAUUCCGGCCCGCAGCUCAUGGAUCCCGGCGGUCUCCUCAAGUGA